AGGAAGCGCUCCGAGCUGGCCGCCUGCCAGGUAAAUAUUAAACAGAGGAUGCUAGCUGCACCCGUGUCCGACGCGACAAAAGAGCACCAACUCCGGACCAACUGGAGCAAAGAUGAAACCACAUGCUUCUUCGACGACGUUAAGUUGUAGACAUCGACCUGAGAGCCUGUAGCCAUGGAUGGCCAUGCUGCCAAAAACAAUGAAAGCACCUUUCCCAGCUUGGGGGAUCUGGAUGACUUCCUCACCAAGCACAACUCAAACUUCAUCUGGCUCCUUGCAGCCACCAUUCUAUCCUGUGGAUGGAUCAUCUACUUAACUUAUUACAACUCACGCAACAUUGGCCUCAUCCUCACCCUCAUCAUCAACAGACUGUACAAGGAUGGCUACGUUCACAUCGGCUCCUUCUCCUUCUCGGUGCUGUCGGGGAAAGUCAUGUUCAGGGAUGUCUACUACAUCAACCAAGACAUGUCUAUCAGAAUACAGGAUGGCUUUCUCAUAUUCCGCUGGUGGAAAAUGUAUAACCCCAAACAGAAACAGCAUGACCCCAAGGCAGAGACCAGGCUUUCCGUGACAGUCAAUGGCUUCGAGUUCCACGUCUACAAUCGGACCGACCUUUACGCCCGGCUGCAGGAGACGUUCGGACUGGAUCCCACGCUUCUGACGCCCAAGAAAGAUGAGGAAAGGGGACGAGAGGACAGAAACCAGACACUGGAAAGCGUGAACAUCCAGGCAGAAAGCACAGAUCCGACGUCGUCUUGGCGGUCCCUCAUUCCUGUCAUCAAAGUGAACAUCAGCACCGGUCGCUUGGCGUUUGGGAACCACCACCUCCCCCAGACGCUCUGCAUGAACUUCGAAGAUGCCUUCCUGACGUACGCCACCAAACCUCCAUCCAGCCACCUGGACCAGUACAUGCACAUUGUCAAAGGCUCGCUGGAGAACGUGCGCGUCAUGCUGGUUCCCAGUCCGCGCUAUCUGGGCAUGCAGAAUGAUGAGCCUCCCAGACUGAUGGGCGAAGGUUUCGUGGUGAUGCAGUCCAACGACGUCGACAUCUACUAUUACCAGGACGAACCCGGCCUGGUCCCCAUGGAGCAGGAGGGCGGCGAGGAGGCAGAGACAUGCAGCGAGGGAGACAAGCUCCAGGAUCUGCCUCCGUGUUGGGGGCUGGACAUCGUCUGUGGAAAAGGAACGGACUUCAACUACGGGCCGUGGGCAGAUCGCCAGAGGGACUGCCUGUGGAAGUUCUUCCUCCCUGCUGACUACCAGGCCAUGAAAGUGACCGAGGUGGCCCAGCCAGGAAAACCCCGGCAGAUCCAGGCCUUCGAGCUCCGCAUGAACAUCAUCGCCGACGCCACCAUCGAUCUGCUCUUCACCAAAAAUAGGGAAACCAAUGCCAUCCAUGUGAAUGUAGGUGCAGGCUCUUACCUGGAAGUCAACAUCCCCAUGACCGUGGGAGAGAACGGCUACUCCCCCACUAUCAAAGGUCAGCUGCUUCAUGUGGACACCACCAGCAGCAUGCAGUACAGGACUCUCCUAGAGGCCGAGAUGUUGGCUUUCCAUGUGAUAGCCAGCUACCCCCGGGUGUGGAACAUGCCCCAGUCAUGGCAGUGUGAGAUCGAGGUGUACAAAGCUACAUACCACUUCAUCUACGCUCAGAAAAACUUCUUCACCGAUUUAAUUCAGGACUGGGCAAGUGACAGUGCCCCUGAUAUGUACUCCUUUGUGCCGUAUUCUUGGAAAUUCAAGAUCCUUUUCCACCAGUUUGAAAUGAUCUGGGCAGCAAACCAACACAACUGGAUCGACUGUUCCACCAAACAGCAGGAGAAUGUGUACCUGGCAGCCUGCGGCGAGACGCUCAAUAUAGACUUCACUUUGCCUUUCAAUGAGUUUGUUCCAGCCACCUGCCAUACCCGCUUCAGCUUGAAGGCAGAGGACACAGACAUGCGACUGUCCCUGCCGGAGUGCCACCCGAGCCGCUAUCCCCUCCUCACCCUGGCCAAAGACUACCAGAACGUCAAGCUGCCCCCGGACAUGUUCAUGCCAGGAGAGAACCAAGGAGCGCCCCCUCCGAAACCCAGCAAGCCCCGCUGGAGGAACAUCACCCACGCCGAAGCUGGCUGGGUGGAUUGCUGGAGCGUGCCCAACUUCUUGCUCAUCAUCGACUACACCUGGCAUCCCAUCUAUCCCCAGAAGGCCGACGAGCAGCUCAAGCAGUCGUUUUCUGAGAUGGAGGAGUCCAUGCUGUCAGCUCUGCGGCCGCCGGAGCACACCUCGGUACCUCACAACACCCAGCAACGCUACACCUCCUCGUCUGCCUCGGCCGCCCACAGCCGGGCCCCCACUGACCCCUCGGAGCUGCCCCCCGACAGGCUGCACGUGGAGAUGGAGAUGUCCCCCGACUCUCAGAUCAUCCUCUAUGGGCCUUUGCUCCGAGCGCUGAUCGCCAUCAAGGAAAACUAUUUUGGGGAAGACGACAUGUACACGGACUUCGAGGAGGCCGUGUCCAGCCCCGUGUUGUCGACCUCCACCUCCUCAGGCCUUGGCUGGUCUCCGCUGGGAAUGGAGGACAGCGAGCGGAAGGAAACGUCAGACAUCCAUCCCCUGGACCUGCGGCCUUGGGAUAUCACCGUGCUCAUAAACCUCUACAAAGUGCACGGCCGGCUGCCAAUGCACUGCAGCAGCGAGGGUCCUGAGGGUCCGUCAGGCUUCUUGGAGCGGCUGUGCUUCGAGAUGAAAAAAGGUUACAAGGAGACGAUGCUUCAGCUGCUCCUGUCUCCCAUACACAUCUUCGUCAGUGACAACUACCAGCGUCCGACAGCGGACGGCGUGUUGCGGGACGGCCACCUCAGCCUGUCGGGCCUGCAGAUGAGGGCCCACGCCAUGUUCUCCGCCCAGGGCCUCCCUCUGGGCAGCGACACUCUGGAGUAUGCCUGGCUCAUUGAUAUGCAGGCAGGGGGGCUCACUGGCAGGGUCACCGUUCCACAGGUGGCCAGUAUGAUCGAGUGGGGAGAGACGUUCCUUUUCCACGUGGUGUCCAGAGAAUUCCAGCUUGACCAACCCAAGCCGUCUGUCAUCUGCCAGCACGGCGUCGACCGGCGCAUCUGCGACGCCAAGAUGACCUGCCUUCCUGGUCACUGCCGCACAUCCGAGGAGCUCAAGUACACCAUGACACGGCUGGCGAUGGAUGGAGUUGACCUCUUCAUCGUGGAGCACGGGUGUGCUGCCAGUGUCAAGACUGGAAUUGUCCGUGUGGCCAACUGCAAUCUGCACAACCAGGCAGUUGGAGAAGGCAUCAGCGCCGUGGUGCAGGACGUCAACAUCAGGCAGUACAUCGAGCAGCAGCAGCACAGCGAGGCCACCAGGCUGCAGCUGGCCGGACAAGGUCAAGGUCCCGGUCAGCCGCUCGGUCUCGGCCAGCCUCCCCUGCUGCGGCGCUCGGUCUGGCUCGAGGCGGGCUCAGUCAACCUGAACCUCAUCACGGCCGAUAUCGCCCUGGCCGCCGACCACCCAGCCAAAUGUGAAGUCCAGAGGCACUUUCUGGAGCUGCACGACGCUCAGACCAAAAGACUCUGGUUCCUGUGGCCAGAAGAAGCCAGCAUCCGCAACAAGAAGAGCAGGAACCGCUGCGGCUGCCUCGGAGGGUGCCGCUUUUUCGGCGGCACCAAUAUGGGCCUGGACUUUUUUAAACUGGAGGAGCUGACGCCCUCCUCCUCAACGGCGUUCUCCUCCUCCAGCACCGAGGCGGACAUGUGUUACGGCCAGUCCCUGCUGCAGCCUGGGGAGUGGAUCAUUACCAAGGAAACCCCCAAAGUGGAUGGGAGGGUCGUGGGACUGAAAACAGACACGCACUCUCCUUGCCUGCCUCCGGAGCUGCCUGAGCGGCGGGCUCAGCAGCAUCUGAGUCUCCAGGUGCCUCAGCGCUCCCACAGCUCCGCCUCGUCCUCGGAAGAAAACAGCACCUCCAGCGCCGCCCUGCCUCUGCUCGCCGGAGAGAGGGACAGCCCGUCGCCCAGCACGGAGGAGCGCAUGUUCCCCGUGAACGGCAAGAGCCCAGCUGACACCCUGGGGGAGGUCCCGGAGGUCUCCCCAGUCUCACCCAACAGCUCCCAGGACCGCUCCUCGGUGCGCUCCCCCCUCUGCUCCCCUCUCAAACGCCAGUCCUCUGUGCACUCGGGCCGGCUGGGCAGCACCAAGAGCCUGUCGGCCGCCGUCUUCACCGACAAACCCCCGCCGGUGCUGUCAGGAGGCGUCCAGUUCAGCAGCGAGGUGUCCCGCAGCGACGAGAACGUCCUGGACUCUCCUCGCCAGCGCAGGAGCUACGGCUCAUUUCCGUUCACGCCGUCGGCCGACUCCAACACGUUCCACCAGUACCGCUCGGCCGACUCCAGCAUGUCCGUGGCCGACAGCGAGGCCUACUUCUCCGCCGCGGAGGACUUCGAGCCCAUCAGCAGCGCCGACGAGGGCCCGGGGACGUACCCGGGCCGCAAGAAGAAACGGCGGCAGCAGAUGCAGCAGCCGCAACAGCCGCCGUAUCACAUGGAGAACUACAGCCGGAGCUCCAUCUACCACAGCGUUGAAGGUCCCCUUACCUAUGUUCUCAACGGGGAGCUGAUAACUGAGCCACGCCCCCUGCCGCUGCCUCCCACACUGCCCCCACUGCCGCCUGUGCCCCUGCCAAGCCACAUGUCUCAGGCCUCCUUCGUGUCCGCACUGGCAAUGGAGGAGGAGAGCUCAGUGGAGGCUGAAAAGACUGCUGAACCGGGCCCGGUGACCCGGCAGCCCCACGUGAUGGUGUGCUACCAGAACUACCUCGCUCACUACCAGGUCUCAAAUUGGUCCGUGAAGCAGCCCACCAAUAAGAGGACGUCAAAGUCUUCUUUGCACCGCCCCCUCGACCUGGACACACCCACCAGUGAAGAGAGCUCCACUUCUUUCGACCAGCUCUCCGUCCCCAGCUUUAAGGUGAUCAAACAGGGCCUAUCAGCCAGUUCUCUGUUAGACAGAGGAGUUCAGCUGAUGGGAGAAAACAACAGUACACCAUACACCCCUCUGGAUAAGAGGGCCAUGGAGAACACAGAUGAGGAUACAACCACAGAUGACUGGACUUUGGAGCAGCCUCUGGCACAGACCAGAACCACUGCCAUCGUGGAGGUUAAAGGGGCCAUCAACGUGGUGCUCACUCCUCUUGUGGCUGAAUCUCUGGACAGGUACAUCGAGUCCAUGGUCCACUUUGCGAGUAUCCGACACCCAGCAGCCAUUCUGGAUGACCUGCAUGGAAAAGUUCUCAAUGAAGCCUAUCAGAUCAGCAAGUCCACCGUCACCGAGUCUAGCCAAACGGGCAAGCAGGAGCACAAGCUGUCCAAGACAGAGGGCACCACCCCUGGCUCCCUCAACAUCUCCCACGGCCAGACGGACCUGUCCGUCAAACCGGAUAAUGUGAAAAUCAAGGGCCUCCAAGCCAACGUCUCCAUCCCCAAGGUGAACCUCUGCCUUCUGCAGGCCUCGGUGGAAGAGGGGUCACCGUCGUGCUCCAGUAAGUGCGUCACGCAUGUGUCUCUGGUGGCGCUUUGCUUCGACAGGAUCGCUACCCAGUUCAGAAUGAACAGGGGUAUUGUAGAAGAGACUCCCAACACCACAGAACAUGGGCGACCGUCUGUCAUGCUGGAGAAGUACGCCUCAGCCACCAAGAUGCAGCCUCAAUCCUCUGGCUCGCUGCGCUCCAACGCAGGCAUCGAGAAAGGCAAGGAGAUCGCUGCCAGACUCAACAUCCACCGGAUCCACAGCCAGCUCCGAGGCCUGGACUCCACAGACAUCGGCACAUGUGCGAUUACAGCAAUCCCCUUCGAGAAGUCCAAAGUGCUGUUUGGCCUGGAGGAGUUGGAGGAGUUUUCUAUGGUGGAUGAGACCGACGCUCAGGCCUCGGCAGGCGAUCUGGGCCGCUCCGCUGCGUCUCUAGAGAAAUGGGGCUGGAUCAUGUUCGAGUGUGGCAUCGAGAACCUGACAGUCAAAGGAGGCCGACAGUCAGGAGCCGUCCUCUACAACGCGUUCGGCGUGAUGGGCCGCUCGGACGCCGCCGGCAAGACGGGAAUGUCAAAGUCCAAUGGCUCCACCGGCUCUCAGACAGGAAGCGGUUACAGCACCGACGUGUCCGAUGACAACCUGCCGCAUGACGCCAUAAGCCCCGCCUCCGAUGUCAACGAGCAUUCGGACUCGGACGACCAGGACGAAGGGGUCGAGUCGGACGACCUGAAGAAAGACCUCCCCCUCAUGCCCCCGCCACCGGAUUCCAGCAGCAUGAAGCUGACCAUCAGAGAGAUUUGGUUCAGUUUCGCCGCGCCCACUAACGUGCGUUCACCCUCGCAGGCCAUCUCCAGGCAGCUGAAUCUGCUCAGUACAGCCACGCCGGCCAUCGGGGCCUGGUUAGUCCCAAUCGACCAGCUCAAAUCUUCCCUCCGCAAGCUGGACAUGGAGGGCACUCUGCGUGUGUGUGCCGUUAUGGGCUGCAUCAUGACAGAAGCCCUCGAGAAAAAGAGCAUCCACAUCCCAAUCAGAAGCAAGUACAACCGUGUGACCAAACGAGCCCGCUACCUGCACGAGAACCCCUCCUGUAUGCUCUGUAACAUCCUGCACCGCUACCUGCAGCAAGCCGACUACUCUGUCAUUGAGGAGGCCACCAUGAAUGAUGGCGUCCCAGCGCUGGUGACUCUAAAGAAAGGCCUGGUCGCUUUGGCCAGACAGUGGAUGAAAUUCAUCGUGGUGACUCAGGGUUUCAAGGCCAUUGGGCUGAUGAGGCCCAACCAGCUGACCAAGCCCAAGGAGCCCCAGCAGAGCGCGGGCGACACGGCGCUGGGUCUGGACAACGGAGCCGCCUUGCAGAGCGACACCAGCGCCGACGGUGCCGAAUUUGAAUUCGACGCAGCCACAGUGAGUGAACACACCAUGCUGCUGGAGGGAGCAUGCAGCCGCCCCCCGCCAAAGGAAGCCAACACCGGGCCCGUCAGCGGAGUGGAGAUCAUGAGGAAACUGUCCAAGUCUCACACUCACAGCGAGUCAGCUCUCAGGAUAAAGGGCUCCCAUCCCUACCAGUCGCUGAGCUACACCAGCGGUGACACAGCAGCUGACUCCCCCGCCCAUGUGAGCCGCGCGGGCCUUCCUGCCAAGGACAGCCCCAGGAAGGAGAGCCUCCUGAGCAAUCUGACAGGCAGCUUCCGCAGCCUGCACAACCUGCUGGAGGGCACGCCUCAGAGGAACGAGCCGUCUGCCACCGCCGCCGCCAAGAGCAGCUCCCUCACUCGCACAGGUACCGACAUGCUCACUGAGCACCCGCUGCUGUCGGAGCCGUCCUCCGUCAGCUUCUACAACUGGAUGUCCAAUGCCGUGGGAAACAGGACCGGGGCCGCGGUCCAGGAGUCUCCGGUCAGCCGCUCGCAGCACAACAGCCUGCAGACAGGAGGGACGUGUAACCUGCCCACCAUCCCCUCGGCGUCAGACUUCAACACCGUGCUGUCCAGUGACCAGAACACACUGGACGGGACCCACUCCCAGCAUUCCCAGCACAGCACCAGCCAGGACGACAUGGCCGACAUCGAGGAGGGGAACCAGUGCCCGGCUGCUGUUCAGCUGGCCGACGCUCAGGUUGUGUUCAAGCCUUUGCUGAGCUACACCGGCAUCCAGGCCCAAGACACCACUCCUCUCAGCUACAAGAUGUAUUUUGGAGAGCACCUGUCUUUUUCUGGCAACCUGGAGUGUCUCCGAGCAGACAUCGUGGACUCAGACACGUCCAAAGAGCGCAAAAACAAGCGAUCCAAGAGACAAGGCAUGGUCAACCUGCCUCCUCUGGAGUUUAAACCGGCGCUUCUCAUCGAGACGUUCAGCCUGAACGCGGUGGUGAUGGAGAAGUCCACCAGCGCCCCGCAGGGCCCCUCGGCGGUCCCGCUCUCCUUCCACGACCUCAACCGCCGCCACUACAACACGUUCCACUGCGACUUCACCACGGCGUGCCAGUCCAUCAGCCAGCGCGUGGACAUGGCCCUGGUGCGCCUCAUCCACCAGUUCAGCACCAUGAUCGACGACAUCAAGGCCACCCAGACCGACAUCAAGCUGAGCCGCUACACCGCCGGGUCGGCCUCCCCGACGCCCACCUUCAAGGCCCGGCCGUACCGCCACUUUCGGUCCUCGGACUUCAGCCGCAGCUCCCGCGGCAGCCUGAACGGCGCGGGCCGCAGCGGGACCCAAACCCUGAAGAGCAAGCGCGGGGCGGGAGGGGGAGGAGGCGGAGGUGGAGCAGCAGGGGCGGGGAUGUCCGGUGGUUUGCCUCCAAACGGACCUCCGUCGGGCAUGGAUACGCUGGGCAGGAGGGAGCCCAGAACGCGCAGCUCCCUGGGACGCUCAGAGCGACGCACCUCCAAGGUGUCGAGGAAGGGCUCCCGUGACGUGGCCGACCACAUGGCGAUCCAGAUGGACGACUCGGACUCCAUCACAGUGUCGGAGCAGAGCGAGCCAUCGGCAGAAUGUUGGCAGAACAUGUACAAGCUGCUCAACUUCUACUCCCUCAUCUCCGAUCCCACCGGCAUCCUGGAGAAAAGCUCCCCGGAGAACUGCCUUUCAGAGGGUGGGCGUCGCCCCUCUGAGCCCUUCUGCAAGGUGAUCUUUGAGAACGAGCAGCAGGAGCCGGCCACGCCCAACAAGCCGCCGGGCGCCGGCGGGAGGCGGCGCAGCCUGGUGAGCUCCGAGCCGCAGCACGUCACGCUCAUCGUGUUCGGGAUCGGGAUGGUGAACCGCACGCACCUGGAGGCCGACAUCGGCGGGCUGACCAUGGAGGCCGAGCUGAAGAAGAUCCACGGAAGCUUCACCCUGAAGGAGAAGAUGAAAGAUAUCCUGCACCAGAAAAUGACGGAGACAUGUGCGUCGGCUCACAUCGGCGGAGUGAACAUCGUCCUGCUGGAAGGCAUCACGCCUGACAUUCAACUGGAGGAUUUCCCAACAUCUCCCACCAGCACUGCUAAACAAGAGUUUCUAACUGUGGUCAAGUGCAACAUCGCCAAGUCUCAGGCCCUGUACAGCGCCCAGCGUGGACUCAAGACCAACAACGCCGCCGUCUUCAAGGUGGGGGCCAUCAUGAUCAACAUCCCCCAGCACCCGGCCACUCUGCACAGCAUGAUGGUCCGCAGCUCCCACCAGCUCUCCAAGCAGAUCUCUGAUCUCAUCCGCCAGCCCUCCAACGCUCAACCCCCGAACAGGGAGGACACCCCGACCCCACAGCCCUCCGACAAGGCGUCCAGCAUCAAUCAGACCCCCGUGGAGGCCAACGAGUUCCCCCAGCUCCCCGAGGGCCUGGAGAAGAAGCCCAUCGUCCUCAAGUUCAGCGCCAUGAUGGACGGCAUCACCAUCGGCGCGGCGCUGCUGCCCUCGCUCAAAGCCGAGUACAAAAUGGGACGGGUCAAGAGCCACGGCAUGACAGGAGCUCAAACCAGUUUCACCUUUGAGCUGCCGAACCACAAGCUUUGCUUCCAGUCCAAAGUGUCCCCCGUGGACAUGUCCACCAUGUCGCCGUCGGCGAGCCUCACGCUGCCCCCGGUCACCAUGUCGGGAGAAUACAUCAUGGAGGAACACGAGAGCCACUCGGACCAGGGCUGGGCGGCGGACGAGUUCCCAACAAAGCAGGGAAACUACCUGCAGGGCAACUACCUUCGCUGCGUGGCCGAGAUCGGUUCGUUCGAGCACAAUCUGACCACAGACCUGCUGAACCACCUCGUCUUUCUGCAGAAAGUCUUCAUGAAGGAGGUCAACGAGGUCAUUCAGAAGGUGUCAGGAGGAGAACAGCCCAUCCCCCUGUGGAACGAGCAUGACACCUCUACAGACGCAGACAAGCCCAAAAUCCUUCUGUAUUCCGUCAGCCUCAUGUUCAAGGGAAUCCAGAUGACGGCCACCACCCCCUCCAUGCGGGCCGUGCGCUUCGAGACGGGCCUGAUCGAGCUGGAGCUGUCCAACAGGAUCCAGUGCAAGGCUCAGCCCGGAGGCAGCAGCAGCUACCUCAAACUCUUCGGCAAAUGCCAAGUCGACCUCAACCUGGCCCUCGGACAGAUCGUCAAGCACCAGGUGUACGAAGAAGCAGGCUCAGACUUCCACCAGGUGGCGUACUUCCGAACGCGGAUCGGCCUGCGAAACGCUCUGCAGGAGGAAAUCAGCGGCUCCUCGGAUAAGGAGGCUGUCCUCAUCACGCUCAACAGGCCCAUAGUUUUUGCCCAGCCGGUGGCGUUCGACAGAGCUGUGCUGUUCUGGCUGAAUUACAAAGCGGCGUACGACAACUGGAACGAGCAGCGCUUGGCGCUCAACAAGGACAUCCACGUGGCCACCAAGGAGGUGGUGGACAAGCUGCCAGUCAUCCAGCAGACCUCCGCUCAGGCCUUCAGCACGCUCUUCCUGCAGCUGACGGUCAACGAUCUGGGGAUCUGCCUGCCGAUAACCAACGCGUCCCAGAGAGGACAAGCACCCGCUACCGAGGGCAUCCACUCUGAAACUGGGGCCAGCACAUCAGUAGGCCGGCCCAAAAAAGCACAAAAAGCCAAUCACAGCAUAGACUUUGACACCGGCUCCGCUCUGGUCCUGACCAUCGAGAGCACCCUGAUCACCGCCUGCUCCUCCGAGUCUCUGGUGAGCAAAGGGCACUUCAAGAAUUUCUGCAUCCGCUUCGCCGAGGGCUUCGAGACCACUUGGGACGACUGGAAGCCGGAGAUCCGGGGAGACCUCGUCAUGAAUGCCUGUGUUGUCCCUGACGGUACAUAUGAAGUGUGUUCCCGGACCACAGGCCAGCCCUCUGCAGAAAGCAGCAGCGCCGGCACCUGGACUCUCAACGUGCUUUGGAAAAUGUGCGGAAUCGACGUCCACAUGGACCCCAACAUCGGCAAGCGCCUCAACGCCCUGGGCAACACGCUGACGUCGCUGACGGGCGAGGAGGACGUGGACGACAUCGCCGACCUGAACUCCGUCAACAUGGCGGACAUUUCGGACGAGGACGAAGCCGACUCCAUGUCGCCCACUAUCCACAUGAGUCCGACGAGCCCGUUCAGCCCUCGGCUGACCCUAAGGAAGCGCCUGGUUAACCGCAUCCUGGGCCUGAGGCCCCAGAGCGUAUCUGUCCCCGACGACUACUUAAACUGUGCAACACCCCCCCCACGAGCAGGCACUCCUAGGUUCCAGAGACCUGUCUCCUGGGCCUGUGAGACCAUCGACCCCAGGAGGCAGAUGGUGAUGGGGAACCAGGUGAUGGACGCCCGCGGGAGGAAAUUCACCAAGCGGGUGGUGGACAUCCGAGAGCUGAACGAACAGGCCAAAGUCAUCGACGACCUCAAGAAAUUGGGGGCCAGCGAAGGCACCAUCAACCAGGAAAUCCAGCGCUACCAGCAUCUGGAGUCCGUGGCCGUCAACGACAUCCGCCGAGACGUGAGAAAGAAGCUGCGGCGCUCCAGCAUGAGGGCCGCCUCUCUGAAGGAUAAGUGGGGUCUUGGCUACAAACCAAGCUACAAUCGCUCCAAAAGCAUCUCGGCGGCGGCGGGCCGGCCUCCUCUUAAAAGGAUGGACAGACAAAGCUCCCGAAUCGGAGAUAUGGAUGACUUGCCUGAUAUCCGAGUGGACGCUUCCUCUCCUGGACCUCGAGUCACUUUCAACAUCCAGGACACGAUAAAUACUCAGGCGUUGGACUCCACACAUGCACCUGUCAGUCAAGGAGAGGUAUUCAAGUUUCCUGAGGAGACGGAGGUGGACCUGUUGUCCGUCACCGUUGACGAGCCAUCCCAUCCCCAUCAUCACCUUCAUCUCCAUUCUCCAUCCGACGGCCCGCACUCAGUGUUCAGUGCUCCCUGCACCCCUGCUGUCUUCUCACCCGCCCUUCCCUUCCAGCACGACGACAUGAGGCGCGACGACCUGUCCUCGUCCUCCUCCGAAGACUCGGAGAAGGAGGACGAGUUCGAGCGAGAGCGACCGCAGAGCUAUCGCAGGCCUUUUCAAGCAUCGCACAGGAAGUCUUCGGGCUUUUCUGCAGUGAGUCAGCUGUUUAGCGAGCGCUGGCCCAGCACACCCGCCAACCGCGGCUUCAGCGGCCCAGCCACUGAAAGAAACAUCGACUUUGAGCUGGACGUCCGCGUGGAAAUCGACAGCGGGAAGUGCGUCCUUCACCCGACCACUCAGCAACCCGAGCACGAGGACAUUUCCUUCAAGAGAAGCUGUGAGCGCAGCCUGAGGAGCCUGGACCAGGAGUCUCCUCCCAAAAAGAAGAAGCUGCAGCCCACGUACACCUCCACCACGCAUCUCCUCGCCGGCAAGAAAUGUCCCUCCUCUCUGCAGACCAAAUCUAAUGACAUGGAGACCACAGUUUUCUACAUUCCAGGAGUGGACGUCAAGUUGCACUACAACUCCAAGACCCUGAAGACGGAGUCGCCCAACGCCUCCCGUGGAUCCUCCCUCCCCCGCACUCUCUCCAAAGAGUCGAAGCUGUAUGGUAUGAAAGAUAUCGGCCCUCCCAACCCUCCCAAUGCUGUCCAAAGCAAGACUAACUCGCUCCUACCUCCCCCGCCCCCACCUAUUCCAUCAGCCAAAGGUAAGAGCAGUGGAGGAGUGAAGACGGCCAAGCUGUAUGCCUGGGUGGCCCUGCAAACUCUUCCGGAGGAGAUGGUCAUCAGCCCCUGUCUGCUGGACUUCCUGGAAAAGGCACUGGAGACCAUUCCCAUCACUCCUGUGGAGAGGAACUAUGCAGCUGUGGCGACCCAGGAGGAGGACAUGGGUCAGUUUGAUGCAGUGGAGCCACUGGAGGAAUCCACCACCUCCCUGGUUUCCUCUUCCACAUCAGCCUACUCCUCUUUCCCCGUGGAUGUGGUUGUUUACGUCAGAGUCCAGCCUUCUCAGAUCCGCUUCAGCUGCCUCCCCAUGUCCAGAGUGGAGUGCAUGCUGAAACUGCCCUCCUUGGACCUGGUCUUCUCCUCGAAUCGAGGCGAGCUGGAGACUCCGACGGGAACCCACCCAGCCGACGGAUCACACCCGCCCUCCUCAACUCCGCCCGGCCAGCACAUCCCCAAACUCCCACCUAGCAAAGCAUCUCCGCUGUUGGGGAGCCCCCUCGGCAGGAGCCGCCACAGCAGCAGCCAGUCCGACCUCACCGGCCCCCCCAGUAACUCCUCGGGCCUCAGCUUCACCGCCUGCAUGUCUGACUUCUCUCUGUACGUCUUCCACCCCUACGGCGCCGGGAAGCAGAAAUCAGCAGUGACGGGCCUGCCUCCGGGCCCAGGGCCAUUAGGUACAGUGGAUGAGGAACCGUCUUCAGUGACGGGAAGAAAAGACUCUCUGAGUAUCAACCUGGAGUUUGUGAAGGUCAGCUUGUCCAGAAUGAGGCGCACCGGAGGCCCAACCUUCAUCGAGAGCUUCAUUCCGGCCAAAGGUGGAAAAAUGGACACCACACUCAUCAACAUCUCAGCUGUGUGCGACAUCGGCUCGGCUUCUUUCAAGUACGAUAUGAGGCGACUGAGCGAGAUCCUCGCCUUCCCGAGAGCCUGGUACCGCCGGAGCAUCGCCAGACGUCUCUUCCUGGGAGACCAGACCAUCAACCUCCCUGCCUCUGGCCCGGCCACCCCGGACUCGGCCGAGAACAUCACCCAGCACCUCUCCCCCGAGUCCAGCCGCAAAGCCUACUGGAGGACCUGGGACGGCAGCACCGGGACGCACAUGCCUCAGUCCCCCAACGUCUUCUCGGAGCACUCCACGGGGAGCAACAUGUCCCCGAGCAGCGUGGGCCACCUCAAAUCCCCCGCCCCAGGCCGCACCAGGAGCGUGUCGGACUCCUCCGCCCCGAGAAGAGACUCUGUUUCAAAAACAUCCACCCCGUCCUUCGGUAAAAACGGAAAGGCGGCCGGUCAGCAGGGGGCGCCGUGGGAGACGCUUGUGGUUUUCGCCAUCAACUUGAAACAGCUCACCGUCCAAAUGAACAUGAGCAACGUCAUGGGAAACAACACCUGGACGACCAGCGGACUGAAGAGUCAGGGCCGCCUGUCUGUCGGCAGCAACCGGGACCGCGAGAUCAGCAUGUCCGUUGGCCUCGGCCGCUCCAAGCUGGACUCCAAGGGUGGGGUGGUGGGUGGCAACAUUGACGUGAACACCCUGGAGAUGGUCUCCCACAUUUCCGAGCACCCGAACCAGCAGCCCAGCCACAAGAUCCAGAUCACCAUGGGCUCCACGGAGGCCCGGGUGGACUACAUGGGCUCCAGCAUCCUGAUGGGAGUGUUCAGCAACGCUGACCUGCAGCUGCAGGAUGAGUGGAAGGUCAACCUGUGUACUGUGGACACCAGCCUAUCAGAGAAAAGUGAGAUCUUUGUCCACGGAGACCUGCAGUGGGACAUUUUCCAGGUGAUCAUUUCACGCUCCACCACACCAGACCUCAUCAAGAUCGGCAUGAAGCUGCAGGAGUUUUUCACUCAGCAGUUCGACACCAGCAAGCGGGCUCUCUCCACCUGGGGGCCCGGGCCCUACAUGCCCCCCAAAACCCCCGUCAUCAACAUGGAGAAAGGAGCGGCGGAGCUUUACAUGGACGCGGCCCACCACCGCCACUGGCCCGGGGUGCUGAAGGUAAUCGCCGGCUGCCACAUCUCCCUCUUCCAGAUGCCUCUGCCCGAGGACACGGUGCAGCUGGGCGGCUCCAUGAGCCUCCACGGCAACCACAUGACUCUGGCCUGCUUCCACGGGCCCAACUUCCGCUCCAAGUCGUGGGCUCUGUUCCACCUGGAAGAGCCCAACAUCGCUUUCUGGACGGAGGCUCAAAAGAUCUUGGAGGACGGCUCCAAAGACGACUCCACCUACAUCGUGCAGACUCUGGAUUUCCACCUCGGUCACAACACGAUGGUGACCAAACCGUGUGGCGCCCUGGAGAGCCCCAUGGCCACCAUCACCAAGAUCACGCGGCGGCGGCACGAAAACCCCCCGCACGGCGUCGCCACGGUCAAAGAGUGGUUCAAUUACGUCACUGCCAUGAGGAACGAAGAGCUCAACCUGCUCAGGAACGUGGAAGCCAACAACCAGGAGAGCGGCGCCGCUGCCAAGAGCUCCAGUCUGCUGAGCAGCUUCCGCAGCUCCUCCAGCUACAACCACGAGACCGAGACCAUCUUCGCUCUUCCCAGAAUGCAGCUGGACUUCAAGUCCAUUCAUGUACAAGAUCCGGAUGAACCUUCGCUGACAGACGCCGACAGCAAGCCGAAGGUGGAGUGCAGCGUGGUGACGGAGUUCACCGACCACAUCUGCGUUACCAUGGACGCCGAGCUCAUCAUGUUCCUCCACGACAUGGUCUCGGCCUACCUGAAGGAGAAGGAGAAGGCCCUGUUCGCCCCGCGGAUGUUCGCGACGCGGCCGGGCCAGAAGAGCCCCACGGCGCUGCACGACAACGGCAACGGCGACAAGGACAAGGACGACGGCAUCAACUACACCACGGUGGACUGGAGGGAGUUCAUGUGCAACACCUGGCACCUGGAGCCCACGCUGAGGCUCAUCUCCUGGACGGGGCGCAAGAUCGACCCGGUGGGCGUGGACUACAUCCUGCAGAAGCUGGGCUUCCACCACGCCAGGACCACCAUCCCCAAGUGGCUGCAGCGGGGCGUGAUGGACCCCCUGGACAAGGUGCUGUCGGUGCUCAUCAAGAAGCUGGGCACGGCCCUGCAGGACGAGAAGGAGAGGAAGGGCCGCGACAAGGAGGAGCACUGAGUGGGCGGGGGACCCGGCGCCCCCGGCACUGGACGUCACAAACACUGAAAAUAAAACGGAACGAGAAGCACUCCCGUGCGACUGUCGAACACUCUACCUGCUAAAACCCUGUGAAUCUCGGCAUCAGUCGUUUACUGUGCUGCUCGCCACUAAGCAGCUGUGGUUAAAAGCGUUUUGCACCAAUUUUGUUUUAUUUUAUUUUCCUGUAUAUUUUGAACAAAGUAGCACAUGCUAGUAUUGUUUGACUGCUUUAAAGGUAAAAACCCUGCCUCUUUUACCUGUUGUAAAAUGACCUUACUGAAACCGCUUGAAAUGAUUUUCUGGCUUCAGGAAGAAAUGAUUUCUUAAACCAUUGCCUUUUCUUUGUUUCCCAUGGAACACAUGGUAGGUAUGCUUUAUGUCAUUUAUAGCUGUAGCUUUAUAAUGUUUAAGAACAGUUCAGUGACGGUGUUCUUGAUUUUUUUUU